GCAACAAAAACCCAAGCUGAUACAACAGGCUUCAGUGGGGAUGAGCCAGGCCCAAAGAUUUACCUUUGGAGAAGAGAGAUGGAGUCCUGGCCUGCAGCUGAGCCAGAAACCCCUGACCACCUUCCCCGAUGUGGUGGUUGUACGACUGUCCACUCCCUCCGUCCAGUCAGAUAGUGAAAUCACCCUCCUCAGGCACCUGGAGAAGCUGGGCUGCCGCUUGGUCAACCGUCCUCAAAGCAUCUUAAACUGUAUCAACAAGUUCUGGACAUUCCAAGAGCUGGCUGGACAUGGGGUCCCCAUGCCAGACACCUUCUCCUAUGGUGGGCAUGAAGACUUCUCUAAAAUGAUUGAUGAAGCAGAACCGCUGGGCUACCCAGUGGUGGUGAAGAGCACACGGGGGCACCGGGGAAAAGCUGUUUUUCUGGCUAGAGACAAGCAUCACCUCUCUGACAUCUGCCACCUGGUCCGCCAUGACGUGCCCUACCUGUUCCAGAAGUAUGUGAAGGAGUCACACGGGAAGGACAUCCGGGUGGUGGUGGUGGGUGGCCAGGUGAUCGGCUCCAUGCUGCGCUGCUCCAAAGAUGGCCGAAUGCAAAGCAACUGCUUCCUAGGUGGUGUGGGCGUCAAGUGCCCGCUGACAGAGCAAGGCAAACAGCUGGCUAUCCAGGUGUCCAACAUCCUGGGCAUGGAUUUCUGUGGUAUUGACCUUCUCAUUAUGGAUGAUGGCUCCUUUGUGGUAUGUGAGGCAAACGCCAAUGUCGGCUUCCUAGCCUUCGAUCAGGCAUGCAACUUAGAUGUGGGGGCAAUCAUUGCAGACUAUGCCAUGUCCUUGCUGCCCAACAGGCAGAUGGGGAAGAUGGCCAUCCUCCCGGGACUAUCAAGUCCCAGGGAAAAGAAUGAGCCAAAUGGUUGUGCUUCAGCUCAGGGAGUUGAGAGUGUCUAUGCCAUCAACAAUGGGUCUACCUCUAGCGAGAGCGAGCCUGAACUGGGAGAGGUCCGGGAUUCCUCAGCAAAAACAAUGGUGGGGGUCCCACCUCCCAUGUUGCCCGAACCUGGUUACAACAUUAACAGGAUUGCUGCUGAACUCCAGUGAAUUCCUGCUUUUUGGCAGCAUUUAAACCAAAUCCUACUGCUUCCCUGAGUAGUGUCCAGUGAAUAAGAUCUGGAAUAAUGUGAUUUCAUUUGCACAGAAACUAGAAAAUCCCAUCCGGGCACUCAGCAUUCUUUCUAACAACAGUUUGAACAAAUAGCCUAGCUUUGUGGGUUUUAUGACAACUCAUAUAAAAAACACCAAGAACAGCACCCCAAAUGGUCAAUUUAAGGCCAACAUUUACUGCGAACACUUGGAUGGAAUGAUAGGCUUUAAGGCUCUGACCCUGUGCUGCCCUCUCUGGCUGUUAGCAACAAACAUGAGCUUGGCUCCUGGAAACACUGUUCUCAAAUGCAACCAGGAGAUGGAGGCAUGUGCAGGCAGUCAGGGAUGCU